UUUUUAGAGCAAAUCGCCCCAGACUCUCGCACCCACCGAGCGCCGGUGGCGGAAUGUGAAAACCUCCUUUUUGGCGCAUGUUCCUCUCCAUUGUGCGCUGCCUUCUCCUGCUUUCUGUGCGACUAGAAAGCGGAGGAGAAGGAGGAGGAGGAGGAGGAGAAGGAGAAGGAGGAGGGACGGAUAUUCCCGACCCGAUCUUUCGCCUAUGGACGACGACGGUCCCCUCUCUCCAAAGGCGAACGCUUUCAGUAUUGCCUCUCUGAUUUCGGCUGCAGAGCGAGCAGGAAACGCUGCGUUUGACAAACAGAGAACCGGCCUAGACAAGCCAGACCUGCAUAACCACAGUUCCUUUAAAAUGCACUACAGCACUGUGACGCGGGAAAUGGAAGCCAUAUCCAGUCCGUGGCUGACGCAGCUGUCCCAUUUUUGCGAUGUUGCAGCCUUCACGACGAGCAGCCUGAACAGCCUCAACACGCCGGGGGGCUACCACCUCUCUCCGUCCCCCGGGGACCCGUACAGCCAACAUGAGACCCACUUCGAGCCGUGCCCGGCCGCCCAGCACAACUACAACUACCCGGGCUCCAACCCGGGCCCGGCGCCGCCGAGCGACAGCGGGACUCCCAACUGCUCGUCGUCGUCCUCCAGCUCCACACCGAACAGCAAAGCCAUCGUGAAGAAGAACCCGAAGGUGGCCAACAUUAACGUCCAGCUGGAGAUGAAAGCUUUAUGGGACGAGUUUAAUCAGCUGGGCACCGAGAUGAUCGUCACCAAGGCGGGCAGGAGAAUGUUUCCAACUUUCCAAGUGAAAAUAUUUGGGAUGGAUCCCAUGGCAGACUACAUGCUCCUCAUGGACUUCCUGCCUGUAGACGACAAGCGUUACAGGUACGCUUUCCACAGCUCGUCGUGGCUGGUGGCGGGUAAAGCCGACCCCGCCACACCGGGCCGGGUCCACUAUCACCCGGACUCUCCGGCCAAAGGCGCGCAGUGGAUGAAGCAGAUCGUCUCUUUCGACAAACUCAAACUCACCAACAACCUGUUGGAUGACAACGGACAUAUCAUUCUGAACUCCAUGCACCGCUACCAGCCCAGAUUCCACGUCGUCUACGUGGACCCGCGCAAGGACAGCGAGAAAUACGCAGAGGAGAAUUACAAGACCUUCGUGUUCGAGGAAACCCGCUUCACCGCGGUCACAGCGUACCAGAACCACCGGAUCACACAGCUGAAGAUAGCCAGCAACCCUUUCGCAAAGGGCUUCAGGGACUGUGACCCAGAGGACUGGCCCAGGAAUCACAGGCCAGGCUCGCUGCCAAUAAUGAGUGCCUUUGCCAGAACAAGAAACCCAAUGUCAUCUCCACCUCAGCAGAACGGCACAGAGAAAGAAGACAGUCGGAGGGAAUACGAGCGAGACCCCAGCGGCACGCCCAUACACGCCGACCCAGCUCACCAGCUGAUGUCCCGCGUCCUCAGCCCCGCCCUGCCCGUCCCGGGAGGCCUCCACGCCGUCCCACUCACCAGUGGUCGACCCAGCCCUCCCCACGACCUCCGCUCAGACCCCCACGCGAUUCCCCCCGACACCCUGCACCACCACCCGUACAAGUACCCCACCACGUACGAACACUACCUGGGGGCCAAGACCAGGCCGUCACCUUACCCUUUACCCGGCAUCAGAGGACACACGUACCAUCACCACAUGAACCCAGCGACAGCUAACAUGUACUCAGCCACCAGCGGCCCCUCUAACUAUGACUACGGGCCCAGAUAAUGACUGUUGUCCACCUCAACCAACAGUACACAGCACUGUGGGAAUGGAAAAAGAAACACAGCACAGCACAGCUCUGUUAAUCUGGCUGAUGCAACCAGUGGUGCGUUCACAGCCUGAAUCUCCUCCGCUGGAUAAACCCUGGCGUAUUUAUUCACAAGGGAAACGCAUCUUUGGGGUGAACAUGGACAUCUAAAAAGGGUCUGAUUUGACCUUUGAACCCCCAAGUGACAACAGCUCUACAUCAGAGCGCCUCUCACCUGAGCGGUGCAGACAUUGAGCCAGCAGUGACGCGGCAGAAAUGCAGGACCUCUCCUUAACUCAGACUAUACCUUGAUCACAGACUGGAACUUCUUCUUUUUUUUUGGUUUUUCGUUUUCUGUGUUGGAUGCACUUUUUGAUUUGCCUUGUUUUUAUUGCUUUCAAAAAAGCCAUAUGUUAUGUAGUCCAUCAUCAACCUUCUAGGUAGACGAGAUGUUUGCAUGUUGAGCUCAUCGAGAGAGAGAGACAGGGAGAGGGUGUCGAAACACAUCAAAUGUUUUUGUUUGAGGGAAGAAAAAAUAAACAAAUACGAGAUCUGAUGGAGGAACAUUCUGAAA